CUAUCAACCGAGACAUUUCGAAUGGAAUUUAUAAAGUUCAUUUCAAUUCGAGAAUAAAACCUCUGCAGUGUUGUCUAUGACCGUCGCGUCUUUUAAAAAAAGGUUGCGAUCUGUCAAAACUAUUAAUUGAAGUGACACAGUGUGACGAAAGUGAAUUUUAAAUGUGGAAUGCGAAAUAUCAGUUGUGUUAAAUAGUGACAUUGUUUACGUUAUUGUUACUGAAUUGUUUUUUAUUGUUCGGAUGCUGUAAUCUUUGAACAUCACAAUGGAUCCAAGAAACACCGCGAGAGCGCGAACGCGCAUCACAUCAUGGGCCAAGAACAAUCGUACGUGCACGCCAGCGGCACGCAAGUAAGACGCUACAAGGAGCAGUACGACGAGCCCCUGCACUACCGCAGCUCGCCCGUCGACUACCGAGCUAACGACUACGACAAGGACUACAAGCGGCACAAAGCCCGCAGGAGCGCCGACAGCUUCAAGAGCGACAACUCCUCCACAGAGAGCAGCGGCUACAGGAGCGGCUCCAGCGCAUGCGAGUACCGCUCCGACAGAUCCUCCAAGAGCGACUACUACUGCACCUCACUAUACAAGAACGAACACUACAAAGACGUCAAUAAAGAACUCUACAAACCCGUCAAACUUCACAAAGAGAAGAGAUACAAUACGCUACAACUCUUCGACACCGACAAAGACGAACUCAAGAGCGCACGACUCAAAAGCUACCUUAGCGAUACAGAAAAGGCGAAAGCGACGCCUACAAAAAAGCCAGGCAUUAGGAAUUAUACACCUAAAAUUCUUUCAGAAGAGGAACAAAGAAAGAAAAGCCAGCAUUGGAUUUAA